UGGAGGAUAAUUUAUAGCUCUUGUUCUUCCCACACAUUUUUCUUCUGCUUUAAUUUUCCAUCUCCUCCUGUGGAUAUAAAACAUUUUAAGUGGGUUAUAGUUCAGUUUUGCAUGUGCAUAGAGGCAUUUCAGACACACUCCCUUCUUCCCGGGGUCAGUGAAUAUUCUGGAAUGGCAUUCUAUGAAGCUUAAAAAGUACUAGAGCAAAAGAAAUUCUUCAUUUACCCAGACUUUCCCAUUAUACAUUUAGAGGUUUUUUUCUGCUUUCAUGCAGAAAUGAAUGGGUUUUAUUCAUUCAUUGUGCAGGUUUACUUAAACAUGUCUCACGUAUUUAGAGACAAAGCAAUUGUAAAUUCUUUGUUUUCAGAGAAGCACAAAAUGAUCACUAUAAUGAGACCAGCAGUAUGGAUGGAAACUCGAGGGAUUCAGAUAUCUUCCUGCCACCAGUAAAAAAGGCAAAGCUGCAAGAAUCUAUUGAAUAUGAAGAUUUAGAACACAACAACAGCAUUAAAACUAUUGCACUAAAUCUAAAAAAAUCAGAUAGGUAUUACCAUGGUCCAACACCAAUUCAGUCACAGCAAUAUGCAACGAGCCAUGAUAUUAUUAAUUCUUUCUGUAGUAUUAGAGAAGAAAUGGAAGGCUAUGUACCCAAAUUAACUCAGGUUCUCUCAAGUGGUGCUGCCAGUAGUACUAUCACAGCCCUGUCACCUGGAGGAGCACUUAUGCAGGGUGGAACACAGCAAGCCAUAAAUCGUAAGAACUUGAUGUUUUGGCUUAUUUGGCUCCCUUCCUCUCUGUGUACCCUGUAGAAUCAGUUUGCAAAAUCAACUUGGAUGGUCAUGUCAGUGCAGUUGAUAAAUCAGCCUCUU